AAAAAACAGAGUGUGUUACCACUGCUCAAAACUACGUAGUACUAUAUUUCACACCAAACAUGUUUCUAAUUUGAGAGUUGAGACCAAAGAAAUAUAAUUCAUUAAAAAAAAAGAGUACAAAAACUUUCAACAAUAAUAUAUGCAAAGUAACCGCCCAAAACUUAGAUAAGUUUGUUUGAUUGGAAAAUAAUCUUGACACACCUCUAUAUGAGAAUAGCAUAAAAAACAGUAUCUCCAUAAAUCGUAAUGAGCGUGCAAAAAUCAUUUCCCGUUUCGUUCAAUAAAAAAUAAGCCGAGAAAACCCGAGCUUUAGCAUUUUUGGAAUAGCACAAGAACAAACCCAAAAGUCCCCACAAAGCCUAAAAAAAACCUGUAUUCAUUCAGCCAAAGCUACCUAAAAAAGAUCGAUCCACAGCGUUUCUCUACAGCAACAAGAAGAAGAAGCUGUGAGAAAAAAAAAAGGGUUUUUGAAGGUUUUUGAGAAGAGAGAGAUAAACUAUGGUGCAGAGAAGACCGAGUAAGGCUGCAGAAGAUGCAGAGGACCUCACUCAUGUUCCUUUGCAAGCCAUUCUUUUGGCUGAUAGCUUUGCCACCAAAUUCCGCCCUAUUACCCUCGAACGCCCCAAGGUACUACUACCCCUGGUUGGCAUUCCAAUGAUAGAUUAUUCCUUGGCAUGGCUCGAGUCAGCUGGGGUGGAAGAAGUUUUUGUGUUUUGUUGUGCUCAUUCAAAGCAAGUGAUCCAUCACUUGGCAAAGUCUCAAUGGUUGAAGCAUCCGAACAUGGCAGUGACAACUAUUGAGUCACACAAUUCGGUCAGUGCUGGAGAUGCCAUGCGAGUGAUAUAUGAACGCAAUGUGAUACAUGGAGAUUUUGUUCUUGUUACCGGGGACACAAUUAGCAACAUGUCACUCGCGGAGGCACUUCAGGAACACAAAGACAGGAGAAAGAAAGAUAACAAUGCUGUAAUGACUAUGGUCAUAAAAAAGUCGAAGCCUUCAGCAAUCACCCACCAAUCAAGACUUGGUACAGACGAGCUGUUCAUGGCAAUUAAUCCAGAUACAAAUCAGCUAUUGUUUUACGAGGAUAGAGCAAACCCUAUAACUCUUGAAAAAUCAUUGUUGACUGAUAAUUCCUCAGUUUUGUUGCAUAAUGACAUGCAGGACUGCUACAUUGACAUAUGUGCUCCAGAAGUCCUCAGUCUUUUCACAGAUAACUUUGAUUAUCAGCAUCUUCGUCGUGAUUUCCUGAAGGGACUACUUGUAGAUGAGAUUACCGAUUACAAAAUUUAUACUCAUGAAAUUCAUUCAAAUUAUGCGGCUAGAGUUGAGAAUUUUAGAAGCUAUGACACCAUUAGCAAAGAUAUAAUGCAAAGAUGGACUUAUCCCCUGGUACCAGACAUCCAAUCUUUUGGAAGUUCUGUGAUGAAACUUGGAAGACAAGGAAUGUACAGUGCAUCAGAUAUAGGUUUAUCGAGUAAUGCCCAAAUUGGUCCCUUUACCCUCAUUGGUAACGGAACCACUAUUGGCAGCAACAGUAAAGUUUCAAACUCAAUCAUUGGAGAAGGUUGCAAGAUUGGCUCAAAUGUUUCAAUAGAAGGCUCGUAUAUCUGGAAUAAUGUCACAGUUGAAGAUGGCUGUAAACUAAAACAUGCAGUUGUAUGUGAUUGGGUGGUGAUGAAGGCUAGAGCUGUUCUGGAACCUGGUGUCAUCUUGUCAUUUAAGGUUGUUAUUGGGGAAGAUAUUGUAGUUCCUGAUUACUCAAAGGUUUCAUUGUAUGAACAACCAACUUUUCAAGAUAGUGAUGAAGAGUUAGAAUAUGCAGACAGCAGCAGUGGAAUGGCAGAAAUUUCGUCAAUUCAUGCUUUAACAGGAUUGUCAGACGGGGAGUUGGUAUCCAAAGCAGCUGAAGCUUCUGAGGUUGGUGCCAAUGGUGCUGGCUACAUCUGGUCAGUGUGCGAAGGACGUGAAGAAGAAUGGCGACAUUCAGUUGCACCCAUACCUGAAGACAGGUUUGCUGAGAUCUUGCAAGCUGCAGCAGAAGGCUUGGAUCUGCCUCAUAUAGACAACCCUCAGCACUCUGAAGAGUUGGUGGCACCAAGUGUUGAUCCUGAAAAUCUUACCGAGGAUAACAUAGAUGAGUUUGAAAAAGAGGUUGAGGCAACUUUCCAAAGAGCUGUGCAAGAAAAUAUCAAGGAUGAUAAUGUCAUAUUGGAAGUAAACUCGCUGCGCUUGUCAUACAAUAUGGCUGCUACAGACUGUGCCGGAGCGCUAUUCUAUUCAGUGAUGAAGUUGGCUGUGGAAACACCACAUAGUUCCAACAACGAACUCUACAAAAAUGUGGCCAAAGUAAUCACAACUUGGAAGAAGCUUUUGAAGUACUAUCUAGCAUCCAUAGAUGAGGAGAUUGAAGUGAUACUAAAGUUUGAAGAAAUUUGUUCCGAGUCCGCAAAGGAACUGUCUCCUUUAUUUUCUCAGAUUUUGCAUUUUCUAUAUUCGCUUGAAAUCAUCCAAGAAGAAGCAAUACUAGCUUGGGAAUCCGAAAAACAAGGAGCAGAUGAAGUAGACAGAGUUUUCUUGAAGCAAGCUGAAUCAUUCAUUGAAUGGCUAAAAAACGCAUCGGAAGAGGAGUCCGAAGAAGAGGAAUGAGCUGUACUAAAUUUGUUGAUAGUACAGCUAACAUGGAUGACCAUGGCAUGGGUAAAUGCCCAUGUGUUUCCUGAUCGUCAUGGAGUUUCAACUUAUAACUCCUGAAGUGGACAAGUACAAAUAUUAUGCUAUGACAUUCAAACUGUUAACUUCUGGUCAAGGGCCAUAGAACGAAGCUGCGGCUCCAGACCGGAUGCAAGGGAUUUCAUGCAAAUCAUGGGCUAACUUAGACUUUUGAGUCAGUCUGAUAUUCUCGUUACUUCAUAUUGCACUUGAGUUUCUCAUACGGCUAAUUGCUCUUUGUUGGAUCUGACCUGAAGCCAUGUUUUCCUGAUUUUACCAUGCUGCUUACCUAUUGUACCUUGUGGGGAAGCAUGUUAAAUUUUGAAGUGGAUAACUUAAGUCAGUUGUAAUGUUAUUUUGCAAGAAUAUUUUGGAAAUAAUAUAAAUACAAGUACAUGUUUUCCAAUGGUGGCCUUGCUUAGUUGCUUCUUAUUGCAAAUUCACUGUACACCUGGUGCCGUUAGAGAAAGUCUGUUUCGCAGCCUUCAAGCCAGCUUGUCCAUUGUCGUGGACAAAUUGUGUAUGGCGGAGAGCUGGAGAUACUAGCUUCAUGGUAUUAAUGGUGUAAUCUCUCAAUUUUUUUAGCCAACUUAAGUUUUAAGGGCUCAUACUGAAUUGGCUCAUAUAGAGUCAUAUUAAACUCAUAAGAUUGACCAGGGAAAAUGUGUUUCUAAGUGAUCGUUAAUUGACAUUGAAAGAACUUGGUUGAAUGGGAAAAGUUUUUAUUUUGUUUUUUUUUCGAGGAA